AGCCUCGAUAUUCUUAUAUAACAUAAGUGUUUUCUUGUAGAACUGAGAAAAGAGUGUACCGAGCAGACAGCUGUCAAUAAGGAAUAAUAAGCUCAAGACUAUUGUUUCAACUUACCACUUGACUGAACUAUUAUUAAACUACAUGGCAACUAACACUUAAAAGUUCCUCCUGAGAGUAAAAUGAGCUAGGAGAAAACCAGAAGCUGCUUCAGUUAGUCACGCGCGUGGCAUAAAGAGCAGAUGCUUAUGCUACCAUCAAAGCCGACUCAAAUCAUUAAAUCAAAGAACUGGUUGCCCUAGCUAGUGGUGUGAACUAAGGAAAUUUAUGGAUCUUCAAAACAUAAAUUUGAAAUAAAGCAUGUUUGUAAGCAUGUAUGUUUCCAUGCUAUACGUGAUGUGUUUCAGCAUUUUAGCAUCAGCAUGUCAAAUUUGCGGUUUGCAAACGUUCAGCUGAUUGGCGGAGAGAAACAAUAACACUGAUUUAUAAACAAUUCCUCUUCGCUAUCAUUUUGACUGUGAUCAAUAUUUAAUUACGCCUUUUGAAAGACGUUCAAUAUUACCAUGUUCAAUCAAGCGUUACUCUCCCUGUUUUAACCGUCACGGAUCUCAAGGGAACAGACGCGGAAGCCCUGAUUUGAAACAGGCCAUACAGCGGUAUCUUAAGAACAGAGAAAGUGGCACGCGAGCUCGAGUGUAGUUUUAAAACAAACCGUGUCAACACAAGCAUGCUGUUGAGUUAGAUAAAACUACCAUCAGUUAAAACGUAACUGUACUUCACAGAUCUUCAAUUUGGUGGUGAAGAAGCGCUAUUUAAAAUCAAAUAAGAGGCAACAAUCUUUGUGAGUAAACCAUUCAUGGUACACGCUAUGAGAUAUGGGUAAAAUACUCACUCGAACCGAACGUUCAGAGACCGAAUAUCCGGUUGUUAUGAUGGCUGCUCCAGUCACAGACAUGGCGCUACCAAGCUCAGCUUGGCUCAAAGCAAAUGGAGGCAAAUAUGACAUGGAUCCUGAUUUACAGAGAAGUUUCACUCGGGGCGAUUACCAAGACGUAAAUAACCGUGCACGAGGUGUGAUUCCAACGACGGCAAAUACAAUCGACGAGUACGGAAAUGGAGAUUCUACUGAGCAUGGAGAGAACCGGAAACAAGAAGUUGAUUCGCUACCACUUGAAAGUUUUUCAGACGACUGGUGGAGCCAUUCUAUUUCCUGCGCGGAUGAUUACCAGCCCUACGACAUCGAUCAGGCUGAGGAGGCGCCAUAUUGGCUAAACUCUGAAGAACGCAGUGACAGUGCCAAUACCUGCUUCAAUAACGCGCACUAUACUAAAAACGACAUCUCUGAUCAAAAUACGACUGAUUCCCACGUACAGGGACUGAAAGACAAAAACGGCAUCUUAACUAAAACGGAGGAGAAGAUACAAAGUUUGAAGGCUUUGUUGGCAGAGCAAGAAAAGGCAAUUAAUAGACUGAAAAGUGAAAAAAGGGAAAGAAUAUUUGAAUCAAAAGGAUUUCUGACAAAGGAAGACCAUGAAUAUUCCUUGGGUAAACAAGUAUCAUGUAAAAAUGAGAGGGAUGUUUCGGUUAAAAGUCAUCAAAAACUAAUACCCAUGAAUGAUUUAUAUAAAGAGUUCAAAAGAACUUCAACAGGUACGAGUCGAAAACGAAUGCGUACAGAAGAUACCGCUCUAUCAAAUACAAAGAGAUUUCGAUAUAAUUUAAGAAAAGAUAUACCACUAGAUGUUAACAGGUCUUUGGAAAGGAAAACUAAAGAAACAGUUUCUCUUUUCAAGGAUAAAAUAACAGUUGAAUCAUUUAAAGGGGAUAAAGGGAAAAAAUCUUUCACACAAGAUGAAUUCCUGUCUUUCCUUGGACUUGUUAGAACUACAAUGACGGUAAGUGAUUAUCACCAAGAAAUACUAUGAAUAUUAGUGUGAAUAUAUAAACAAUAGCCUCCAUUUGGUGCGGAAAUAUACUCGGAUAUUUGUACGCGGACAUUAUCGGUUCCGAGAAGCGAACAGUUUUCCGAGAGCGUGGCUAGAAGAAAACUGUGAGCUUUGAGGAACAGAUA